CGCAGAUGUAACUAGAAAAAUUCUAUUUAUCACGUGGAAAACUCGAAAGACAAAUCAAUUGUGUAACGCAGUUUUUAACAAUUAUUGUUCGUUUCUCAGGAUAAUUCUAAUUUUGAUUAUAUUGUAUUACAGCGUCCGUUUGCCUAAGUAACGGCAUUUUACAGAAAUAUUCAUGAUGACUGCUGCACAACUUGAUGAUGAUAUUUAUGAUGGAUAUAACGAUUAUUCAUCAGUAUACAAUAUCAAAGAUAUUGAACAAGAUGAUUUUUUUCAAGAAACUCUUAAUACAGGAUAUGGAAGAAGGUCGAUUUUUACACCAAAGGUGCCUGGUACUGCAAUGCGUUUAGGUACAUCAAGUGGAUUUCAUAGAACCGGUACAGGUAUUUCUGUACGUCCAAGUACUAGUGGUAUUCGGCCAAUGACUGCAGUCAGAGGUGCUGGUUAUACCAGCAGCAGCCGCCAACCUUUUGAUCCACUUAAUAUGAGUAGUAGUGUUAAAGGACCUGCACCACCCUUAGAAACUGGGAAAGAAGACACGCCGACAGAGAAAAUAAAAGUAACUGAAAGAAAAAUAAUGGAGAUAAUAGAGAGUUCAGUAGAAGCAGCAUAUGAAAAUAACAUGAGAGUUGCUCUAGAGAGAGCAAGAGAAGCAUCUUCAAGAGAACGGGCUCUUAUUAGACUGCAAGAGCAAGCUGGACUCAGUGACAGUCACAAUGUAGAUUUAACAUUUGCUGUUAUUUUUAAUUUGGCAACUCAAUAUACCAACAAUAAUAUGUUUACAGAAGCUAUAGCUACAUAUCAAGCUAUAACAAGAAAUAGAAUGUUCAGUAACAGUGCUAGACUUAAAGUGAAUAUGGGAAAUAUAUAUGUUAAAAUGGGGCAAUUGUCCCAGGCAAUUAAAAUGUAUAGAAUGGCAUUUGAUCAAGCACCAGCAGCUCAUAAAGAUUUAAGAAUAAAAAUAAUGCAUAACAUUGGAAUGUUAUUUGUACAAAUGGGUCGUUUAGAAGAAGCAGCUAAUAGUUUUGAAUGGGUGAUGAAAGAAAGAGCUGAAUUUAAAGCAGGGUUGCAUGCUGUUUUAUGCCAUUUUGCGUUGUCUCAUAGAGAUAAAAUGAAAAGAGCAUUUUUAGAGUUAUUAGAAGUUCAACUUAACAUAGAUCAGGAGGACAGAUAUAACAUAAGUACUGAUGAUGUUGUUUCUAAUAUAUUAAAUGAAACUUUGAAAAAUGAUGAUUUAUCCAAGUUAGAGAAAGAAUUGAAAUUGGAAGCUGAGAAAACCAUACUUUCUGCUGCAAAACUUAUAGCACCUAGUAUCGAGGAUACGCUAACCGCGGGAUUUGCUUGGUGUGUCGAUACUAUAAAAUCUUCAGCUUAUGGGCUACUAGCUGCUGAUUUAGAAAUUAGUAAAGCUAUGGUAUUUUUACACAAUCGAGAAACUCAGUUAGCUAUCGAUACAUUGAAAAUGUUCGAAAAUCGAGAAAGUAAAGCUAAUAGCGCAGCUGCGACCAUGCUUUCGUUCAUUUAUUUCCUUCAAGGAGAUUACGAUCAAGCAGAAAGAUGCGGGGAAAUCGCUCGAAGUGCGGAUACUUACAAUGCGGCAGCUUAUGUUAAUUUAUCCGCUUGCGCAAUCAGAAAGGGCGAAUUACAUAUUGCUAGAGAGCUUCUCUUUUGUGCGUUAGACACGGAUGCUAGUCACGUGCAGGCGCUUUAUAAUUUAGGAUUAGUGUACAAAAAACAAGGUAUGUACGAGGAAGCGUUGGAAUGCUUUUGGAAAAUUCGUAAUAUUGUUAGACACGACCCACAAACGCUGUAUCAAAUUGGUCAUUUGUAUCAACUGACGAACGACAUAGACCAGGCAUCGGAAUGGUUUAAUCAGUUGCUGGGUAUAAUACCAUCUGACCCUGGAGUUCUGCAAAAGAUAGGGGAAAUGUAUGAUGGAACUGGAGAUAAGCAACAAGCAUAUCAAUUUUAUAGCGAUUCUUACAGAUUUUUCCCUGCAAAUUUCGAAGUAAUUGAUUGGCUUGGGUCGUAUUUUGUGUCAAUGCAGGUUGCCGAAAAGGCUUUAGUUUAUUUCAAGAAAGCAGUGCAACUUGCUCCCGAUGAUCCAAGAUGGCGAUUACUUGUCGCGGCAUGUUUAAGACGAACUGGCCAAUUUCACAAAGCUCUUUUAGAGUAUCAAGAUAUUCACGAGAAAUUUCCUGAAAAUGUUGAGUGUCUUAAAUUUUUGGUUCGUUUAUGUAGCGAUCUUGGUUUAAAGGAGGCACAGUUAUAUGCAACGGAAUUAAAGCGAGCCGAAAAAGCAAAGGAACUAAAAGAUAGACAAGGAUCGGCAAGACAAGGAUCGAGAAUGAGUAAUAGCGGGGCGUCAUCGCGAACUGGUUCAGGAAUGAGUGUAUUGUCAGAUCACAGGUCGAGUCCCACUUUUGGCAGAAGAGAUGCUCAAAGUUUGAGUAGUGCUGGUGUUUCACGACCUAACCGAAUGUCUACAACUGAAAAUUACGCAGAAACGGUGUCCGAUGUGAACGAUCAACCGAGUACUUCGUAUGUAGAUCCGGUAGGUCCUCUCCCUAUUCGUCCCAUGACGUCCAUCGGGAAAAGGGACGAUGAUUUUGGCGACGAAGAACUCGGUGAUGAUCUUUUACCGCAGUAACGUGAAAUAUAAUGUUUAUCAUUUCUUUAUUGCACUGUACUGCUUCUACUAAUGUAAUAUAAGUCGUAUCGCGAUUGAUGUUUGUACAACUUUAGAAAUUAAAUGAAACAUUGACAGAAAAUUUGACGUCGACCAUUAACUGUGUGUCAAUGACUUCAUGCGCGCUGAAAUGCGUGUCAUAAAAAUUUCAAAAAAAGACAAAUGUAUAUUCAAACAAAUAUCAAUUACGUUCGCAAAUAACGUUUUUAUCGGCACUUUAUAGCUAGAUUUCAAUAUGCUUUCAGUCUAGACGCGUACUACGAAUUCCUUAAUUAUCAUUGCGGAGUGCAAGAUGUUUAGUUGUGCGUAACAUGGUGUCGUACAUUAUGAAGCCACGAGGGUCGACCGAUUGUAACGAUCUAAAUUUAAACACGGUGGCCAAUUUAAUCAAACUCCAUUCAGUGUAUGGUAGUUUAGGAGACGGAUGUUAUUUUAUUGCAGCUACUUUCAAACUUCAUUCAACGGGCACAAUGCGAGCGUUCCUUUAGGAGCAUACGAAAGCGUGGGCAGUAAC